GGUUGUGCCAAGCAAAGCCCAGGAAAGAAAGGGAGAGAAUGCGGGAGCGGGUGUGUUCGGCAGCGAGAAAAUAAAUUGAACACGCUGUGAAGAGGGAGGAAACAUUCGGCCAUGGCGGAUUACCACUUCGUCUACAAGGACGUAGAGGGAGCUUCGACCCAAUGGGACGACAUACAGAGAAAGCUGGGCAACCUCCCUCCGAAGCCCCCUCCGUUCAAACCCCCUUCCUUCACGCCAGCCCCCGAUGAAGACUCUAGAUCCAAAGAUAAGUCUUGGAUCGAUGGCAAGACCGAGGACGAGCUCGAAGAUCUCGAAGAUGAUCCUGAUCUCGACGACGAUCGCUUCCUCGAAGAGUACAGGAAGAAGAGACUGGCAGAGAUGAGACAGGCUACAAAGAUCAUGAGGUUUGGAUCGAUUAUUCCAAUAUCUGGAUCAGAUUUUGUACGGGAGGUUUCGCAAGCACCUUCAGAUGUUUGGGUAGUGGUGAUUUUGUACAAGGAAGGAAUACCUGAAUGUGGGCUCCUUUUACAAUGUUUGGAAGAAUUGGCAACAAGAUACCCAGCAACAAAAUUUGUUAAAAUAAUAUCAACUGAUUGCAUUCCCAACUACCCAGAUCGUAAUUUGCCUACACUGCUGGUGUACAAUAAUGGUGCAGUCAAAGCAAAUUAUGCGGGCUUGAAUAGUUUUGGCCGGAGAUGCACUUCUGAAGGUGUUGCUUUGGUUCUCUGCCAAGCAGAUCCUGUGCUUAAUGAUGGCCAGGGUGGAAGUGAUCCAUCAAGAGAAUCAGUUAUUGAAGGAGUUCGGAAGAAGUUCAUAGAGAAGGUCGUCACAGAGCAUGAAGAUGAUGAUGAUGGAUCUUCAAGUGAAUAGAAUUUCUGCGAGUUCUCCUUUAUUCCCCUUCCCCCCUCCCCCCAAUUUUGGGAUAAGCAAUGAGUUCCUUUUGUGCUUUUUUUUUUUUCCUCACCUGUAUUCCAUAGUUGUAGGGCAAGUGCCUUCACUUUGUUACUCUGUUAUAUUAUGUCUUCCUUUUUAAUCAUGUCAAAACCAAAAUGUAUAAAUUUGAUUACUUGCUCUUGUGGCAUUGAUCCCAAAGGACUUUGUAAUGCGAAGGAUUUCCUACUUUCCCCA